AUGGGCCUCAAAUCAAACGCGCUCUCGAUUCCGAUGACUCCGUCGUUGCGGCUGCCGCUGGGAGAUCUGCCGAACUCGCUGUCUCAGAUUUUCUCCUCGCGUGUCUCGCCUCUUCUUCUCCUCAGAAAGCCAAGCUUGUUUUGGAAUGGAGAUUGGACAGAAUGCUUAACGACGGCGAUAAAGAACACAGCAAUUACUCUAACUUGA